UCAACAGCCAUUCCAGUGAAGUCUUUCGUCGUAGGUGGUUGGAGCGGGAAAGCUGUUAGAGACGCUGUGCUUGGGAAUUCGCAAAGUUUCAUUCAGCUUCAACAUUAAGAUUUGGAGGGUGGACAAAGUGAAGUGAGUGCUGUCGGUAAUAAGUUUUGAAGUUGUUUGUGCCUUGUCAUGGCAACAGAAGCUCAAAGACUAAUCAGCAUUUCGCUGACGAAGAUUGCACAGUCGAGAGCACAGCGUGGGGGAGUUAGCCUACACAAAAAUUUGCUUGUUGCGACUGUCCUGCAGAAGGCUCGUUACGUCUUCAUGGAGGAGGCGUAUCACAUGGUGCAUUCAACAGGCGGUAUUUACACGGCUACGGUUUCGAGUGCCCAGCAGCAGAAUCAAGCAAGUUACGAGCAAAAUUACGACGACGACAGCAGUCAGGUGAGUCUGUCACCAGAAGCUACUGCAGACCACAUCCAUUCAGAAGACAGCGAAGGAUCGUCGAGUGACAGCCCUCUGCAAGAGUUCCUUGACCAGUCGUGCAUACGUUGCACGGAUUCGGCAGCGGCGUCGAGUGAAGAGGAUAACAAGGAGAACCACGCGCCUUCUCAUUGUCAGAACCCAGUGUCAUCACAUACUGUUACAGAUUCUCCCACGUAUUUCGAUUUAGACAAUACGUCUCGCAGUGAAGACAACAAAGUGUUCAGGGACAGAUCUAAUAAUGCGUCACAACCUUCCAGUAGGUGCCUCAAGAGGAGACGGGCCGUAGCUGAGUGGGAAACGGAAGAGGCAGUGUCUUCAAUUUUGCCCAAGAAAGCGAAGACAACGGAGUGCAGUGACACCGAGGGUGACGAUUCGGUCUUCAUAGACGAUGCGGUCUUGUUCACGGAGUGCGGUGUGAGUGACGCGGACAGUGACGAUGCAGAAGAUACCGCGCGCACAACUAUGGAAAUUGACACAAUCACGAGUUUGGUGUCAAUCUUCAGUUUUGGUGGACUGGCGGCGAGUGACAUGUCAGCUGCAGGCGGUGUUGCUAAGUUGACGAGGUCUAUGUCAACCCCAGAUCUGUGUUCAGCGCAAGCAAAGGAAGGAGUAGAUGUUCUUCAGCAGAGGCCUUUCCUGGCGAUGACGGUGUGAUGCAGCCACGGUCAUCCGUUUGCUGGUUGGAGGUCCGGCAGAAAGUGUAGAUUCGGCCACUUAAUGGAAAGUAACAUACGAAGAUACAAUCUGUGUAUCGGUAAGUCCAAGGAACCAAACGAUUGUUCAAAUGAGGGCGAUCGUUCGUUCGCUGAAAUUGUCAAUUUUAGUAAAAUUGCCUCCCAAUGAAAGCAAAUGUAAUAGUUACUUGUGAUCUCAUGUAAUAUGAACUGAACGCGAUUCAGAGUUUGAGAUUGCUGAAGUGUGAACUUGGCCUAAUGUGAUUUUUGUCCACUAGUAUUCCUGUACAGUGUUGCCCUUUCCUGUGCUGUCAGUUAAUAGUUUCAUUUUAUGUAAGUACCAAGAGUAUGGUUCAUUGACAUGAAAGCGGCUGUUUUUUCUUGAUAGUGGCAUUACGUUGUUCUGAGCCCGUACCACUGAUUUUGCAGCAGUGUGAACUUAUAUUUCUUGUGUAAUUAUCAGUAUUUUUUUCUGCUCUUUGCACAUAAUUGACAGUUGUUCCAAUAAUUCUUGCUGCAUUUGAUGCCCCUGGGGCCAUAGUCAAAAUUUUGACGAACCCUUUUCGUAAUCUUUGUACAGCUUGCUUUGAGUUUAUUGCUGCAGGAUAUUCCCUUUUGUAUAUAUUUUAUAUGGUCGUUUAAAAUUGUAUAUUGUGUAAAAAAAAGUUAUGACUCUGUUUUAAGAGUU